AAUGGGAUUCCAUAUUAGUCUAUGGAGUUUUAUUGGCUCUAUUUUCUAUACAAUAAUAUAAGGUAAGUUCAUACAAUUCUUGAGUUACAUUCAAUAAUAUAGAUAAGUUAUUCCAGAAAUAAUGUUUUUAACAAUAUAUUCAGUAUUGGGAUAAGUGUUCAUCUUUUAUUGUAUAAGGUAAAUGUGAUAUUAUUAUAAUUUAAGUUGUUUCUCUCCAAGAGUUUUAAGUGUUGUAACAACAACAAGAAAGUUCUUUACUGUUCUCUUGUCUAUAAUUAUUCAUAAUCAUGAAGUUGAUUAAGUAUAAUGGGUUGGUAUAAGUUUAGUUGCUUUUGGUGUAGCAUGGGAAUUAUUUAUGGUAAUAAUGUAUAUUCAAUUUAUAUUAGGGAAUGAGUUCUAGAAUACCAGCUGAAAAGAAGAAGGAUUCAUACAUUAAAGUACCAUAUGAAGAUGAAAAGAAAGAAGAAGAAACUAUUGGAAAUAAUAAUUAAUAGGAUCAUAAACAUAAUCAUCAUAAUCAUCAUAAUCAUCAUUGA